AUGACCUCCUUCGUGUUCAAGAAGCAGACAAUUCCGUUACUUUAUUCCAUUACCGCCGCCUGGCUGGUCCCAGUUUCUGCCCAAGUCGGACCCUUCUUCCCCGUUCACCACAGCGGCGCUUCCGACGUCAAAUUCACCAAGACCUUCAACUAUGAAUUCAAGCACCCUGGUAUCGACUUCACCCACGACGACAUGGAAAGGGUUCGCGAGGGAGUCUUGCAGCAGCAGGAGCCCUGGAAAUCGGCCUGGGAACGCUUCAUCGCUCUUCCGGGUGCCAGCUCAAACUACACCAUGUCCGAAGUGAUGGAGGAGAUUAGUCGAGGCGUUGUCACCACGAACCGUGGCUUCGAGAGAGAUGGUUGGGCUGCGCUGUAUAACACAAUUGCUUGGUACAUAACCCGCGACCAACGCCAUUUUGACAAGGCGACAUCCAUCAUCGACGCUUGGGGGACAACUCUGAAGCGCUUCACCGGCCUCGACAACUCCUUAGGGGUUCAUGGGGGCUUGGCUUUUGUCAAUGCCGCCGAGAUUCUCAGAAGUGAAGGGGGCUGGAUUGAGGAAGGAGAGUCAUACAGAGGUAGCACCGGCUUCUCAGGCAUGCUCUACCGGGUGAUGGCUCCGGCCGUCGUGUCUAUUGGCCAGUCUAAUUACGGGAUCGCCAUGGUACAAUCGCUAAUGGCAAUCUCAAUCUACCUCGAAGACGUUGUUAUGUGGAAUUAUGCAAUGAAUGAGUACCAGAAUAACGUUUGUGGAGGUAUUAAGGGACUCAUAAACCCCCAGACUGGGCAGUCCUCUGAGUCUGGUCGCGACCAAGGUCAUGUCCAAUUUGGCCUUGGUAUUAGUCUUCACGCCUCCCUUAUCGCGUGGAAUCAGGGUCAUGACCUGUUCCAUUUCGAGAAUAGUACUUUGCGCCGAGGACUUGAAUACUCGGCCAAGUACAAUUCAAAUGAGACUGUGCCAUACGACCCAAGAUAUGCACGGUGCAAUUCUCGGCUAGUUGCUGGGCCCUGGCCUAAAAUCUCUGAGGUUGGGCGCGGCGAGCUGUCUACCUGGUGGCUUGCGGCGAGGGAAUUCUAUAACAAGGUGCUUAGAGAGCACGUGCCUUCGGUGGAAAGGCUUGCGAGCCUGAAGAACUACAGCCCGGAUCCGUUCUACGAGCUCAUGUACUCACGUUGA